AUGCGGAGAUAGGUGUGAUGACUAAGACUUUUUUUUUGCCGUCCAGCGCUUAGUUUUAAGUAGUUCACUUAACUCACUACGGAGUAGUUCAUUUGACUAGUUAUCGAUCGGAACCCAGACUUUUGCCCUCGAACUUCGUCUCACUGUCCAACCAGAGAGCUGUGUGAUUAGCCUGGUUCUUUGUUCUUGACGCUGGAAAUACUCUGAUCAUGGCUGCUAAGAAAAAACCCGGCAACGCUCGUUCGGGGCGCCAGCAGCCAUUGUCACGAAGACAGGCGGCCCAAGGGUCCGCUGAUAUGUCUUUUUCCUUGAAAGACAUGGACGCAUCUUUCGAAGAGCGCGCUAGACGCCACAAACAGGCGCUUGAGGAACAUCACCAAUCGAGAGCACAAGAAUUCGAGCUGCAUCUACAUAAUCGAGUUAUCGCUAGCAGGCGUUCUAUCGCCGGGCGCCGGGCGACUCGGAUUAAACGCCUGGCUGAACUCAUACAGAGGCGUGCUGAGAUAGAAAGCCUCAUACUUGCCCACGUGGAACGCUUGAACGAUUCCUGUAAACGUGUCGCUGGUGACUUGCAGGUCCUCGUUAACUCUGCUGGAAGCCAUCUCGAGUCACCUUGAGCAGUCGACAUUAUUUCAUCUCACGGAAGACGUGAGAGUCCUGUCCACAAUACGUUUAUAUAGUUAACUAGCUUAGUAUUCUUCAA